UGUUAGAAACGUGGUUGUCAAAAUAUAUAAAAUAUAUACUUCUCCCCCUUUCUAAUGUAAUCGCCCAAUUCGCGGCAAAAUCAAACCAAGCAGAUUCGGCAACAAAGAUGGAGGACGGAGGUGGCCGCGGAGGAGAGAAGUCCCACAAGCGACCACAUCUGACUGAAGAUGAAGUUGAGUUUGCAUCGUUCAAGAAGGAGAAGUCCCACAAACGACCACAUCCUACUGACGACGAAGUUGAGUUUGUAUCAUUCAAGAAGGAGAAGAAAGACCCUGAACUGUCCAAGGGGCCCGGCUCAGAUGAAACUGAUGAUGAUGUUGUGAUAGUGGAAGAAACACAAGGAGCCGCAGGCACAUCAGCCAGUAAUGCCAAGCCUUUAGGAAAGGAAGACUUUAUAGUGACUUUCUUCAAGCCUUCUGAUACCAUCAAGUAUCCACAUGCUCGAGAAGACUGCAGGGUUCACAAGUUUCGGGCAGUACCCAGUCAACUUUAUUGCUAUGGUGGCAAUUUCAAACAAGAGAAUAAAACAUUCUGUGACAGUUGCUACUGCUAUGUUUGCGACAUUCCAGCCAAAGAGUGCCAAGAGUGGACACAAAGUGACCACUGCAAUGCCCACAGCAAAGACACCAGUUGGAAGUUGAAACGGAAGAAGACUGUAGCUGCCAACUCCAGGAAGACAGCAAGAGUGGCCUUUUCUUCACAUCCAACCAAGCUCCUGAGUGAGUAG